AUUGUGGCGAGGGAGGCCGGGGCUCGGCUGGGACGCACUUCUGGCACAGCCAGCUGCUCUUCAACCCCAGGACAAUGCCCCCCACAGCCGUCUUGUGCCCGUCACCACUGCCCUGGGCCGGCUGAACGCGUGUCGCACUGCCCAGGAGACCCAUCCGUUACUCCCUUCCGAGGCGGUGCCCGUGAUGGCUGCCCGGCGCCCCUUCAGCCCCCGCCUCCUGCCCGUGCUGCUGCUGUACCUGCCGCUGCCCCUGACUCGGGCCCGUCCCUUCUCUGCCCCCAACACCACCUUCAACCACUUGGCGCUGGCUCCGGGCCGCGGCACGCUCUACGUCGGGGCGGUGAACCGCCUCUUCCAGCUCAGCCCUGAGCUGCAGCUCGAGGCCGUGGCCGUCACCGGCCCCGUCUUCGACAGUCCCGACUGCGUGCCCUUCCGCGACCCGGCCGAUUGCCCGCAGGCCCGGCUCACCGACAACACCAAUCAGCUGCUGCUGGUGAGCAGCCGGGCCCAGGAGCUUGUGGCCUGCGGGCAGGCGCGCCAGGGCGUGUGCGAGAAGCGCGGCCUCGAGGACGUGGCGCAGGUGCUGUACCAGGCCGAGGACCCGGGGGACGGGCAGUUUGUGGCCGCCAAUGCCCCAGGGGUUGCCACGGUGGGCCUGGUGGUGCAGGCGCCGGGCCGGGACCUCCUGCUGGUGGCCAGAGGCCUGGCGGGCAAGCUGUCAGGCGGGGUGCCGCCCCUGACCGUGCGCCAGCUGGCCGGGCCGCAGCCCUUCUCCAGCGAGGGCCUGGGCCGCCUGGUGGUGGGCGACUUCUCCGACUACAACAACAGCUACGUGGGGGCCUUCGCCAACGCCCGCUCGGCCUACUUCGUCUUCCGCCGCCGCGGGGCCCGGGCGCAGGCCGAGUACCGCUCGUAUGUGGCCCGCGUCUGUCUGGGGGACGCCAACCUUUACUCCUACGUGGAGGUGCCCCUCACCUGCCUGGGCCAGGGCCUCAUCCAGGCUGCCUUCCUCACGCCAAGUACGCUGCUGGCGGCGUUCGCCGCAGGCCCCGGCGGGGCCCGGGCGGCGCUGUGUGCCUUUCCGCUGGCCGAGCUGGAUGGGAGCAUGGAGCACGCCCGGCGCCUGUGCUACACGGCUGGCGGCCGGGGCCCCGGCGGCCUGGAGGAAGCCACCGUGGAGUACGGAGUCACGUCCCGCUGCGUUGCCCUGCCCGCCGACUCCCCGGAGUCAUACCCCUGCGGCGAUGAGCACACCCCCAGCCCCAUUGCCGGCCGCCAGCCCCUGGAGGCCAAGCCUGUGCUGCAGCUCGGGCAGCCCAUCAGCGCCGUGGCAGGCCUCCAGGCAGACGGGCACACGAUCGUCUUCCUGGGGGACACCCAGGGUCAGCUGCAUAAGGUCUUUCUCAAUGGCUCCCAAGGCCAGGUGUACCACUCCCAGCAAGUGGGGCCUCUGGGCUCGGCCAUCAGCCCAGACCUGCUGGUGGACAGCAGUGGCAGCCACCUCUAUGUCCUGACUGCCCAGCAGGUGGACCGGGUCCCCGUGGCAGCCUGCCCCCAGUUCCCUGACUGUACCAGCUGCCUUCAGGCCCGGGACCCACUGUGUGGCUGGUGCGUCCUCCAGGGCAGGUGUACCCGCAAGGGCCAAUGUGGGCGGGCCGCCCAGGCCAACCAGUGGCUGUGGAGCUAUGAGGACAGCCACUGCCCGCACGUGCAGAGCUUGCUGCCAGCCCAGCGGCCCCGCCAGGAGCCAGGCCAGGUCACCUUGUCUGUCCCCCGGCUGCCCACCCUGGCCAUGGAUGAAUACUUCCAUUGUGCCUUUGGGGACUAUGACAGCUUGGCUCACGUGGAAGGUCCCCACAUAGCCUGUGUCACCCCUCCCCAAGACCAGCUGCCGCUUAACCCUCCAGGCACAGACCACAUCACCUUGCCCCUGGCUCUGAUGUUUGAGGAUGUGGCUGUGGCUGCCACCAACUUCUCCUUCUAUGACUGCAGUGCUGUCCAGGCCUUGGAGGUGGCUGCCCCGUGCCGCGCUUGUGUGGGCAGCCUCUGGCCGUGCCACUGGUGCCCCCAGAGCAGCCGCUGUGUGUACGGGGAGCACUGCCCAGAGGGCGAGGGCACCGUCUACAGUGCCCAGGAGGUGGAUGUCCAGGUGCGUGGCCCAGGGGCUUGUCCCCGGGUGGAGGGCCUGGCAGGUCCCCUCCUGGUGCCUGUGGGUUGGGAGAGCCGUCUGGCCCUGCAUGUGCGGAACCUUCAGCAUUUCGGAAGCCUGCCCGCCUCCUACCACUGCUGGCUGGAGCUGCCCGGAGAACUUCGAAGGCUGCCAGCCUCUCUGGAAGAGAUGGCCGGGGACGUGGGCCUCAUCUACUGCCAAGCCCAGGAGUUCCGCCCCUCCACGGCCCAGCGGGAGCUCCCGGUGCCCAUCUAUGUCACCCGGGGCAAGGGUCAGCGGCUGGACAACGCCCAUACUCUCCAUGUGACCCUGUACGACUGCGCCGUGGGCCACCCUGACUGCAGCCGCUGCCAGGCAGCUAAUGGGAGCCUGGGCUGCGUGUGGUGCAGCCAUGGCCAGCCUACCUGUCGCUAUGGUCCUCUGUGCCCCCCCGGGGCCGUGGAGCUGCUGUGUCCCACUCCCAGCAUUGACACAAUCGAGCCCCUGACUGGGCCCCCCGAGGGCGGCUUGGCCCUCACCAUCUGGGGCACCAACCUGGGCCGGGACUUUGCUGAGGUACAAGAUGCAGUGAAGGUGGCUGGCCGCCCCUGCAGCCCUGAGCCCUCUCUCUACCGCACCUCUGCCCGGAUUGUGUGUGUGACAUCCCCCGCCCCUAACGGCACCACAGGGCCAAUCCAAGUAGCCAUUAAGAAUCGGCCACCAGGCAUCUCAACCCAGCAUUUCACCUACCAGGACCCCAUCCUGCUGAGCCUGAGUCCCCGGUGGGGCCCCCAGGCAGGGGGUACCCGGCUCACUAUCCACGGGCAGCACCUCCAGACAGGAGGCAGCAUCAAGGCCUUCGUGGGUGGACAGCCCUGUCCUAUCCGGGAGCCGGUGUGUCCUGAGGCCAUUGUGUGCCACACCAUGUCCCAGGCCAGCCCAGGAGAAGCUGUGGUUCGAGUGGUCUUCGGCCACGCCCAGCGCACGCUGCUCACCAGCCCCUUCCGGUACACUGCCAACCCGCAGCUCGCGGCGGCGGAGCCCAGCGUCAGCUUCCGGGGGGGCGGGCGGCUGAUCCGCGUCAGGGGCACGGGCCUGGACGUGGCGGAGCGGCCCUUGCUGUCUGUGUGGCUGGAGGCCAAGGCGGAGGUGCAGGCGGCAGGGGCCCAGCCCCAGGACCCGACCCUGAGGAGGAGCUGUGGGGCCCCCGCUGCGGCCCCCCAGGCUUGUAUCCAGCUCGAGGGGGGCUUGCUGCAGUGCUCCACCGUCUGUUCUGUCAACUCGUCCAGCCUCCUCCUGUGUCAGAGCCCCGCUGUGCCAGAUGGGGCGCACCCCCGGCGGGUCUUCUUCAGCCUGGACGGCGUCCACGUAGACUUUGCCAGCGCCAGUGGGGGCCAGGACUUCCUGUACCAGCCCAACCCCCGUCUGGCCCCCCUCAGCCGCGAGGAGCCCACCCGCCCCUACCGCCUCAAGCCGGGCAAUGUCCUGGACGUGGAGGGCCAGGGCCUCAACCUGGGCAUCAGCAAGGAGGAAGUGCGCGUGCACAUCGGCGAUGGCGAGUGCCUGGUGAAGACACUCACGCUCACCCACCUGUACUGCGAGCCACCCUCCCGGGCCCCGCAGCCCGCAAAUGGCUCCGGUACCCUGCCACAGUUCGUGGUUCAGAUGGGCAACGUGCGCCUGGCCCUGGGCCCCGUCCAGUAUGAGACUGAGCCCGCUCUGUCCGCCUUCCCCGUGGAGGCCCAAGCGGGCCUGGGUAUGGGCGCUGCCGUGCUGAUCGCCGCCGUGCUCCUCCUCACCCUCAUGUACAGGCACAAGAGCAAGCAGGCCCUGCGCGACUAUCAGAAGGUUCUGGUGCAGCUGGAGAACCUGGAGAUUGGUGUGGGCGACCAGUGCCGCAAGGAGUUCACAGACCUGAUGACCGAGAUGACCGACCUCAGCAGCGACCUGGAGGCCAGUGGGAUCCCCUUCCUGGACUACCACACCUACGCCGAGCGAGUCUUCUUCCCAGGGCAUGGCGGCGGCCCACGGCAGCCAGCACUCGAGGGGUCUGGGGAGGAGGGCCGCCGUGGCCCCGUGCGCCAGGGCCUCACGCAGCUCUCCAACCUGCUCAACAGCAAGCUCUUCCUCCUCACAGUGAGGGCUGUGCGGCUCAUCCACACCCUGGAGGAGCAGCCCGGCUUCUCCCAGCGGGACCGCUGCCACGUGGCUUCUCUGCUGUCUCUGGCACUGCACGGCAAGCUCGAGUACCUGACUGACAUCAUGAGGACGCUGCUGAGUGACCUGGCCGCCCAUUACGUGCACAAGAACCCCAAGCUCAUGCUGCGCAGGACAGAGACCAUGGUGGAGAAGCUGCUGACCAACUGGCUGUCCAUCUGUCUCUAUGCCUUCCUGAAGGAGGUGGCUGGUGAGCCGCUGUACAUGCUCCUCCGGGCCAUACAGUACCAGGUGGACAAGGGCCCCGUGGAUGCCGUGACUGGCAAGGCAAAACGGACCCUGAACGACAGCCGCCUGCUUCGGGAGGACGUGGAGUUCCGGCCCCUGACGCUGAUGGUGCUGGUGGGCCCCAGGGCCGGCGGGGCGGCGGGGAGCAGUGCUGCGCAGCGCGUGCCCGCGCGGGUGCUCGACACAGACACUAUCACCCAGGUCAAAGAGAAGGUGUUGGACCAAGUCUACAAGGGCACCCCCUUCUCCCAGAGGCCCUCAGUGCACACCCUAGAUCUUGAGUGGCGCUCGGGCCUUGCUGGCCACCUAACCCUGUCAGAUGAGGACCUGACCUCGGUGACCCAGAACCACUGGAAGCGACUCAACACCCUACAGCACUACAAGGUCCCGGAUGGAGCCACCGUGGGGCUCAUCCCCCAGCUGCACAACGGAGGUGCCGUCUCCCAGAGCCUGGCCCAGAACUGCCCCUUGGGGGAGAACAUUCCCAUGCUGGAGGAUGCUGAGGAGGGUGGGGUCCGCCUCUGGCACCUGGUGAAAGCCUCUGACGAGCCGGAGGGAGCGAAGGCGCGGCGCAGCAGCCUGAGGGAGCGCGAGCGCGAGCGGGCGCGGGCCAAGGCGAUUCCGGAGAUCUACCUCACCCGCCUGCUCUCCAUGAAGGGCACGCUGCAGAAGUUCGUGGAUGACACCUUCCAGGCCAUUCUCAGCGUGAACAGGCCCGUGCCCAUUGCCGUCAAGUACCUGUUUGACUUCCUGGACGAGCUGGCCGAGAAGCAUGGCAUCGAAGACCCGGAGACCUUGCACAUCUGGAAGACGAACAGCCUGCUGUUGCGGUUCUGGGUGAACGCCCUGAAGAACCCACGGCUCAUCUUUGACGUGCGGGUGUCAGACAACGUGGACGCCAUCCUCGCCGUCAUUGCCCAAACCUUCAUUGACUCCUGCACUGUCUCAGAGCAUAAAGUGGGCAGGGAUUCCCCAGUGAACAAACUGCUCUAUGCCCGGGAGAUCCCUCGCUACAAGCAGAUGGUGGAGAGAUACUACUCCGACAUUCGCCAGAGCUCUCCCGCCAGCUAUCAGGAGAUGAACUCGGCUCUGGCCGAGCUCUCUGGGAACUACACCUCUGCUCCCCACUGCCUGGAAGCUCUGCAAGAACUCUACAACCACAUCCACAGGUAUUAUGACCAGAUCAUCAGCGCCCUGGAGGAGGACCCUGUGGGUCAGAAGAUGCAGCUGGCCUGCCGUCUGCAGCAGGUAGCAGCCCUGGUGGAGAACAAGGUGACUGACCUGUGAGCUUGGGCCCUCGCGGACGCCCAAGGCCCGCCAGCCUGGAGAGGAGCAAGCAGGACCUCCCACCGCAGUGCCUUAGGACCCCUGGAGGGAGACAGCAACUGAGGAGGGGCCGGCGGAGAGCGGAAGGGGGUUGUGCCCACCGAGGGGCUCCCUGCCGCCUCCCACCCACCGGCCCUUCGCCCGGCUGUUCCCCUACCUGGGCUUCUUUCUAAUUUAUAGUAGUCCUCACCUCUUCCCCUCCACCUCCCCCACAGUAUUUAUUUGCUUGCUGGAGAAUCACAUCUGGAAAUAAAAUAGAAAAACAUCUUUUUAG